GUUCAAUUCAACAACACCAGUCACAUUAAUCUUAUAUUUCGUACAAAACCGAGCCAUAUUUUAUUGUAAAUAAAAUUCGAUAAAAUUUCGGUGGACAUAUUGGACGAAGAUGUCCAGUCUGCAAGAUAUUCCGCUUGCCGACCCCGAGGGCCUGUCUGUGGAAGGUCCCGAGGUGGCCCCCGCUCCAAAGUCCAAUUCCUUGAAGCGCUUCUUUAAGAUCAGCAAGAAGCCAAUGAUGCGCGACCAAGUGGAGGAUGACGACGAGACAUCCUCCCAGGACAACAAGGACCUGGGAAAGUCAAACACUAUAAGUCGCUUCUUUACCCGGAUGAAGGGAGCCAAUAAGGAUGUUCAAGAUCCUUCGAGCUCGGUGGUCGAACCCGUGGAGCAGGAUAAGCCGUUGCCGAAUGCAAAGCCCACGAUUAAGACAUCCAUUUCAUCCUACUGGAAGAUACUGUUCAACCGGCAGAAGAGCCAGCGCCAAAACGCAGCUUUAGGGCAGACCAAUGCCAAUAAAGAGGAUAACGAGUCUGAAGAAGUCCAUGAACUGCAACCAGUAAGCCAAGAUCCCGAUACCGAUCCUCAGCCGACAGUCAAGGAUGAGCACGAUGAAAUGGAACGUGGCACAGAUCCGGAGCCACCCAACCCGAAGCCCAACAAAAGUGUUGCCAGCAAGGCAUCCGGUCAGGAGAUUGUCAGUGCCUUAGAGGGCGGCCAGCUGUCUACCAAUGAUCACGAGAAUGCGGCUUCCAUUUAGCCGUCUUCAACUAACACUAAUCAAACCCGAUGUCUAGUAUCUCUACCGAUCUCGAGGCAAAGGUUUAGAAAUCAGUUAGGGAGCUGAUUCAACCUUACACAAUAUAUACUCUUCAAACACAUCCCUGCUAACUGACAUACAUACAAGAACAAACAUUUUCGCUUUGAUUCCACAAAUGAUAAUUCCGAGCUCACGAAAUAAACACAUACAAGACCCC